AUGAAGUUGUAAGCAGAAUGUCAUAAAAUUACUACCUUAGAGUAAGAUAUAUAAGAGAGUGAAGAGGGGUGGCUUUCUAUAAAUAAAUCUGCAAUAAAUUAAUUUAGGAGUUGUAUAAAGGUUUCAAGUAAAAUUUAUGUCAAACAUAAAUUUUAUUUUUGUUUGUAAAUGUCAUAGCUAAAACUUCAAGUAAUAGGGAUUUCAUAUUCUAGCAUUGCUCUAGUUCAUGCGCUUAGACUUCUUCAUGUAAGAUUCAACCAAUGAUGCAUGGGAGGCAACCAGAUCCUAUUAGUGCUUAGCAAUAGGAAAAUUUAAUCAAUUUAGGAAAUUCAGAUUAGAAGAGAAGAAACUGUUGUGCUGGAGAUCGUUUCAUACCAAUGAUCAAGAAGAAAUUUAAUAUUCUUUCCGAAACUAAGGCUCCAGCCCAAGACAUAGCAUCAUCUUAGGCUGCCUUAGAAAUGCUAUAUAAACAAUAAAUUCUUGAUUAAGAGCCUGUAGUGGAGCCUGAAAAUGGUUCACUCAAAUUUGUGAACUAAAAUAAUUUCUAAUAUAAGAAUGAACAUCUCCAUUAUAUAGAUUCUAUAGAUCCAAAAAAUUAUAAUAGGUAAAGAAUAUAAAAAUAAUAAAAGUCCUUUGGUAGAUCACAAAUAUUUUGCUUUGCCAGAGACUAUGUCAAGCUAUUAUGGGAAAUAUAUUAGGAAAAUACCAAAAGUACCUUUUAAAGUUUUGGAUGCCCCAUAAUUAUAAGAUGAUUUCUAUUUAAAUUUAAUAGAUUGGAGUAAUCAAAAUACUCUUUCUGUAGCAUUAAGUAAUUGUGUAUAUUUAUGGUACGAUUUUAAUUUAAAAGUAGGAAUGCUUAAUCAUCAAAAGUAACAAAGUUACUAGAUCUAAGUAAUGAUAUAGUCACUAGUGUUGGAUGGUCUUUAAGAGGUCCUUUCUUAGGAGUGGGAACUAAUAAUGGAGAAGUAUAAAUUUGGGAUGCUUGUAAAUUAUAAAGAGUAAGAACUUAUAAAAGUCAUGUUGCAAGAGUAGGAACUCUAUGUUUUGCUGAGAAUAUGUUAAGUAGUGGUUCAAGAGAUAAAUCUAUACUUUAAAGAGAUUUAAGACAAAAAGAAGACUUUUUCUUUAAAUAGACUGCUCAUAAAUAAGAAGUUUGUGGAUUAAAAUGGUCACCAGAUAGUCAAUUAUUAGCUUCUGGAGGAAAUGAUAAUAAAUUAUAUAUUUGGAGUGCAUCAUAACAUGAUAAACCUAUAUUCAAAUUCACAGAACAUUAAGCAGCUGUAAAAGCAAUAGCAUGGAGUCCACAUUAACAUGGUUUAUUAGCAAGUGGUGGAGGAACUGCAGAUAAAACUAUAAGAUUUUGGAAUGCUUUAGAAGGCAAAUUAUUAUCAAAAGAAGAUACUGGAAGUUAAGUUUGUAAUUUAAUGUUCAGUAAGAUGGAAAAUGAACUAAUAUCUACUCAUGGUUAUAGUCAACAUUAGAUUAUUCUUUGGAAAUGUAAUGGAAUGAAAAGAAUAGCUACUUUGGUUGGACACACUAGUCGGUAAGAAUUCUAUUUAUANGUGCCUAGCAAUAGGAAAAUUUAAUCAAUUUAGGAAAUACAGAUUAGAAGAGAAGGAACAGUUGUGCUGGGGAUCGUUUCAUUCCAAUGAUCAAGAAGAAAUUCAAUAUACUUUCAGAAACUAAGGCUCCAGCCCAAGACAUAGCAUCAUCUUAGGCAGCUUUGGAGAUGCUAUAUAAACAAUAAAUUCUUGAUUAAGAACCUGUAAUGGAGCCAGAAAAUGGUUCAUUAAAAUUUGUGAAUCAAAAUAAUUUCUAAUACAAGAAUGAACAUCUCCAUUAUAUAGAUUCUAUAGAUCCAAAAAAUUAUAAUAGGUAAACAAUAUAAAAAUAAUAUAAGUCCUUUGGUAGAUCACAAAUACUUUGCUUUGCCAGAAACUAUGUCAAGUUAUUAUGGGAAAUAUAUAAGGAAAAUUCCAAAAGUACCUUUUAAAGUUUUAGAUGCCCCAUAAUUAUAAGAUGAUUUCUAUUUAAAUUUAAUAGAUUGGAGUAAUUAAAAUACUCUUUCUGUAGCAUUAAGUAAUUGUGUAUAUUUAUGGUAUGAUUUUAAUUUAAAAGUAGGAAUGCUUAAUCAUCAAAAGUAACAAAAUUACUAGAUCUAAGUAAUGAUAUAGUCACUAGUGUUGGAUGGUCUUUGAGAGGUCCUUUCUUAGGAGUAGGAACUAACAAUGGUGAAGUAUAAAUUUGGGAUGCUUGUAAAUUAUAAAAAGUAAGAACUUAUAAAAGUCAUGUUGCAAGAGUAGGUACUCUAUGUUUUGCUGAGAAUAUGUUAAGUAGUGGUUCAAGAGAUAAAUCUAUACUUUAAAGAGAUUUAAGACAAAAAGAAGACUUUUUCUUUAAAUAGACUGCUCAUAAAUAAGAAGUUUGUGGAUUAAAAUGGUCACCAGAUAGUCAAUUAUUAGCUUCUGGAGGAAAUGAUAAUAAAUUAUAUAUUUGGAGUGCAUCAUAACAUGAUAAACCUAUAUUCAAAUUCACAGAACAUUAAGCAGCUGUAAAAGCAAUAGCAUGGAGUCCACAUUAACAUGGUUUAUUAGCAAGUGGUGGAGGAACUGCAGAUAAAACUAUAAGAUUUUGGAAUGCUUUAGAAGGCAAAUUAUUAUCAAAAGAAGAUACUGGAAGUUAAGUUUGUAAUUUAAUGUUCAGUAAGAUGGAAAAUGAACUAAUAUCUACUCAUGGUUAUAGUCAACAUUAGAUUAUUCUUUGGAAAUGUAAUGGAAUGAAAAGAAUAGCUACUUUGGUUGGACACACUAGUCGGUAAGAAUUCUAUUUAUAAAUUUAAUAGUGUUCUCUAUUUAGCAAUGUCUCCAGAUGGAUAUACUAUAGUAACUGGAGCAGGAGAUGAAACAUUAAGAUUUUGGAAUAUAUAUCCUUAAAGUCUUGGUGAAUCAUCUAGCAAUAAAUGCUAAUUGGUACCACAAAAUAUCAGUAUACGUUGA